ACAAGCGGCUGUGGGUGCUCUGCGGACUGAACUCCAGCAACCUUCGGAUCCGGCUUCUUUCGUUUUCGUUUCCCGGAAGGGUAGCGCAGUAAUCGGAGACCGCGAUCUCCUGCCUUUGCUUGCCAAGCCGGGAGGGAGGGAGAGAGAGGGAGGGAGAGGGCGGCGAGGAUCAGGGGGCAGAAGACUUGCUUUGCACCCCGAGCGCCCCAGCCCCCGGAGCAGCGGCUCCACCUUCCACUUCCCACCUGUAAUGCAGGUAAGUAAGAGAUGCUGGGAGCCCGUGGGACACCCGCUCUGCACUCACCGGACCCCCUGUACCUCCCCCCCCCUUUCAGUCCUCUGUGUCCAGUCUCCGGCGCCAACUCCGUUUUCUUUCUCUCCUCUCUCUCUUAACGCGCAUCCCAAGUUCAUCACACACGUGGUCCCCAUCCCUCUUCGCGUCCCGAGCCUCAGGUUGUAUGUACCUGAGACCCUCCCACUUCCCACGUUCCUCGUGGACAGUUUCAGCUCCCCAAGUCCUCAGAUAAAGUUUUCUGAGUUGUUUCUGUUAAUUGGCUUAUUUCAGGCUGGAGAAACUCUGGAAUUCCCCCCUCCCUCCCCUUCCCAGUUUAUUUCACAAGAGGGAAGGAAAAUAAGCUAAUGUUCUAGGAGAAGCAUUUUGGAGGAGAAAACGAGGGCCAGGGAGGGGUAUAAUCAACUUUAAAAAACAAAACAAAAAUGUGUGUUGAAACUUAAACACUUCCUUUUCUUUUUUCCUUGGCUGACAGGCUAAAGCUUUUCGAUUGUUUUCACCAAGUGACAAAGACAAUUUUGGGCUGGAGUAUGUCAUUUGUGAAUGUUGUGACUAGGCUGGAAGAGGAAAAUAACAUUUUUAAAACCCAGCAUUUAUUCUUAGGCAGUGAAGAUUGUACAUUUGAGUUUCAUAUAUGGGGAAAGUAAAGAGCAACUCGAGCUUGUUCUUGAGGAUGUAUUGCCACAAAUGGAGAAAUAAAGUGUUAGCUGGACAGUCUGAUUAAUAUUCUGUAGCAAGGGGGGGGGGAGUGUGUUUGUUUUUGGUUAAUCAUUGCUGUUGCCAUGCCUGAACAAUGAUUAAUUUGGAUCAUUAUUUAAUUUCCUCCUCUACAUUUCUCUAUUUUAUUCAGCUUUUUAAAAAUAGUUUAGAAGUGAAGUGUAAAAAUGGGUGGGUAUCUUUCAGUUUUAUUUUCACUGGGUGUUUGAAUCUGAAACACUUUUUAAACUGUUGUGUAAAGAGUGCCUUAAGUGUGGUUAAGGCUAACUAUAACAGCAAAUUGUCUUGUGGCACCUUCAAGACUUAUCAAAUGUAUUGUGCUUUUUAAACACUUAAUUAGAUGGAUGAUAGACUUCAGUUCACAAAAGCUUGUUCAAUAAUGUAUAAACAAUACGCAAUAAGGUGCUGCUGAUUUUUUUUUGGGGGGGGGGGAAGAUAACAACCAAUUAAUACAACUACCUCUUUGCUAAUUAAAACAGCUAACAAGCCAGUCUAUAUGUGUUCAGGCCCAUUUUAAAGACACAUAGACUUCAGUCUAUUCGGAAUAGACUUCUUAGUGUCAGUGAGAAUACACAAGUAUUUGAGGAUUUGAGACUUAAGUUUCAAAUACUGAUAUAGUAAAGACUUAAUAAAUCCAUAGAGACAUGGGUUAAUUAGCAUGAAAUAUGGCUAAAAAAUAGCUAUAGCAUCUGACAUAUCAGCCUCAGGUUAGCUUUUUUUAAAAAAGGUAAAGGACCCCUGACAGUUAAGUCCAGUCGCGAACGACUCUGGAGUUGCAGCGCUCAUCUCGCUUUACUGGCUGAGGGAGCUGACGUUUGUCGCAGACAGUUUUUCCAGGUCAUGUGGCCAGCAUGACUAAGCCGCUUCUGGCGAAACCAGAGCAUAGAUCCUGUUUAUUUCAAUGAUGGAGUCACUCAUAACCUUUGCUCUCUUCCAUCAAAAUCAAUGAGACCUAAACUUCCUUAAUUUUGUCUGAAUCAUUGCCUUCAGUUACAAAGUGCUUUGCAUUUAUUUAUAUUGCAUUUCUCUCUACAACCACCCUGGUAUCUAUUAUUCCCAUUUCACAAAAGGUUAAAAUUGAAGCUGUGUGUAUAUGCCAUAUAUUUAAAACACGCACACCUGAAUCCUGGGGACUGUAGUUCACCCCUAGUAGAAGCAGCACUCCAUAAAGUACUUAGUAUUCUCUGGUUUUUUUUGGGGGGGGGGGUGGACUUUAAAUGUAUGCUUUAUACAUAGCCUGAAAGAAAUUGCCUUGCUCAAAGCCACAUGAAAAACACUUUGCACAGAUGUAUCCUAUGCAUGGAGACUAUUAUUGAUGAGGGCUAUGGUUUCAAUGUCUGGAUUAAGAGACAUAUAGCGAUUGUGACAGCAGUGCUGUAGUCUCUAAACAGAUUUUUUUUUUGAGUUGAGAAGAAGAUAACUCAACUCAAAAAUGAAACAAAUUUCUUCUUCAGAUCUAAGUCUUGCCUAGAAAUUGCAUUGACAGAAACAUCCCUUCUGUGCUUGAAAUUUGGUGAAUUACUGCCAAAGAUGGCUGUGUACACACCAGAGUGUUAAUACACACAUGGGUCCCCCAGAUCUGAUCCGCCCCCCGUGGGGUUUUGUGCACUUCCAGCCACAUAUGAAUUCUUUAAGUUGAUUUUUGUCCAAGGGUUCCCAUCUACAUCAGUAGAUAGUGCUUGAUGGGAUGUAUUUGCAUGGUGUGCUGUUGUCCUCUCCCCCCAGUCACUAUUUCCCCACCCUCCUUGAGUUCUGGAAAUCCGAGGUUUGUUGUGGGCAGGUACUGUAUUGGUUUACCUGUGUGUGCCUCCUUUUGAGAUUCAAGUUUUCUGAUGUAUCAGACUUGCACAAAACAGUAGUUUUCUUUAAAAAGUGUGUGUCCUUCCCAGCCAUGGCAGUAGCUUGCCCUUCCAGAGUUCUUCAAACUUGAAGUCCGUUAUGAGCAUGCCUGCAUGUAUUGGUUUGCCUGUGCACUCACCAUUUUAUUAUUUUUAUUUUUAGAUGCAAGUUUUUUGAUAUAUAGCAGAUUUGCACAAAACAGUGGGUUAAAAAAUAAUAAUAUGUAUGCCGUGUGAUAUGAGUUACUCCUCACCAGCCUUUCCUGCACUGUAUCAUGAUCGAAUGGCAGCAGAUUAUAAUACAAUGACCAUUGCUAUUCAUAAAGCUCUGCUUUCCAUUUUUAUCUCACCCUCCCUCUGAGGGGAUCAAGGUAGUAUUUGUGGGGUUACGUCAUUUUAUCUGUGCAACAAAUCAAGGAUGUGGAGGAGGCUUGGAUACAGUAAGCAGCCCAAGAUCACCCAGUGAGCUGCAUGGCUUAAGUCAGAGGUCGGCAACGUAUGGCCCAUGGGCCAGAUGGGGACCACGAAGACCGUUUUACCGGCCCACGAGCUUCCCCUGAACCGAGCCGCCCGCUUGGUGAGUCCCCUGCCUGCUGCGCUAAACCAGCGCAGCGUGGAGACUCGCUGAGCGGCGCCGGAAAUCGUAUCUGUGCAUGCGCAGCUAUUGAAAAUCACACCUGCGCAUGCCCAGACGCUGGAAAUCGCUUCUGCGCAUGCGCAAUUUUCGGCGUCCUGAGCAUGCACAGAAGCGAUUUCCGGCGCCACAAACAUGCGCAGGUGUGAUUUCUGGUGUCAUGCUGCGCCAGCCCGGCCCACGGAUGAUCUCCGUGGGAGUGAUCUGGCCUAUGGCCGGUAAGCCUUGCCGACCCCUGGCUCAAGUGCAUGGCCCUGUCCAUCAUCCAACAAAUGUCCUUCUACACUGAUCUCAUCGUCAAGCUGCCAUCGGAACAGGUUCCACUUGCUUCUGUAUAGCACAGAGUGAUAUAAAUUUUGCAGCGGGGCAUGACUCAAACAUAGGGAAUCCAGUUUGUUCUCCACAUCUUCGGUAUGUUUCUCCUUUCUAAAGGGUGAAGUGGCAACUAGUUCUUCAGGUCCCGUGGCAACAUCUGCUUUGCCCCUGCAAUUCCAGCCCACAUCUGUUCCAUCCUUACUCUACGAGGGACAAAUCUGCACAUUACCAGGCUGCCUCAGUGAGUAGAAGGGUCAUGAUGUAAGGGACCAGUGAUCAAUACAAUUUUUAAAAAAGCAAGACCUGCAACAAAAUGUUGCAGUGUGAAGUGCUCCUGUUUGGAUACUCCAUUUCAUUACCUCUCUCAUCCGCUCUUCUGUCCCCCCAUAACAGACAGACCACACUCAUUGGCCAGUGAGCAUGAUCUUCUUUUUGGGGGAAGAGCACCUCACACAGGAUUUCCCCUGUGAAGUUUGUACUUCUGCAAAUCUUGAGUUCCCCCCAAGCCUCCUGAUAUCUCCCUUUUGCAGAUGGAUAGUUUCAUUUUUGGCUGCAUAAGCAAUGGCAGUCCUAGUGUAAAUGAAAACAGACAUAACAUUUUAGGAGUGGAGGGGUUGGUCUGAAAGCACUCUCAACAUUUUCUGUGCAAAGGCAACUUUUCUUCUGCUGGGGUAGGAAAAAAAACAUUUAUGGAAUUUUGCAGCUUUUCAGUUUGAAGCAGGAUGAGGAGUGAGGAGUGGAUGGACAAGAAUGAUGGCUGAACCAGCAUUCAGUAGCUUCCAACCCAGCUUUUCUUUAUACACGACACCUGUCUUCUUCGCCUAUUAAGGCAAAGUAAUCGUAAGAAUGUCUUGUGAUGUGAAUGAGAGAGAAAGCAGAAGGGGAACUAUUGUUAAAUGAGAUAUACACUCUAAUAAACUUUUCAUUCAGUUUUAGAGAUGCAGGAAAUAGAAAGCCUAUUUAAGUGCAUGUCUGAAGCCAGCCUGGCUCAGGGUUGUGUAUUGUGAUAUGAUACUUUAUACUAUGAGAAUGCAGAAUUGAUUAUUUGAUGCACAAUUCAGCAUCCUAAGGACCUCACCCUUCGUUUUCUAAAAAGCAAUUUCCUAGUCCACCUGGCUGUGAAUAUAGACUUGAAAAUGUAUAAGAACCAUGUGGGGAAAUCUCAGAAACUGGUUGGCGGGGGCGGGGUGGGGAUCAUUGCCUUGUUCUUUUAAUUUAAAUAUCAGUCUCCUUUGGUUGCAGGAAUCCAGCCCUCUCUGUGGAGCAAAGAUGAUGUGAGUCACUGGCUGAGAUGGGCUGAGAAAGAAUAUUCCCUCAGGGAAACAGACGAAAGCAAGUUUGAAAUGAACGGGAAAGCUCUGUGUAUUCUCACCAAGGAAGAUUUCAGAUUGCGGGCUCCUAACUCAGGUUAGAAAUGUUUCCCCUUAAUAACUCAAGGGAAAUGAAGGAUUUCUUACAGGCAAAGAGAAUUAGAAAGGCUUGGAUGCAGGUAUAACACUAAAGGGAACGCAUGGAAAUAAUGUGCAAAGCCUUUGCACUCAAAAGGUGACAACACCCAAGGGCAGGCGUAAAAUCAUUUUGAGUAGGUCAAAUACUUGGCUGAGUUUAAUAGUGGAUCUCAGUUUCUCAGGUACUCAGUAAACUGGGCUUCUGUCUUGCAAAGCAAGAUGGAAAUUCCUGACUGACUAGGAUGUCUUUUGAGUCACCAAAUGUGGACUCUUCUUCCUUGGAGGAUUUUAGUUGGAUGGUCGUCUGUCAGGGAUUCUUUAGUUGAGAUUCCUGCAUUGCAGGGGGUUGGACUAGAUGACCCUCAGGGUCUCUUCCAACUCUACGAUUCUCUGAAAAUGGUGCAUAGGUUUUCACAACAUAUACCCCAAAACUGCCAUUCAUGUUAUUUUUGGGGGAUAUGCAUAACGUGGGAUUGGUCUUUCUCUAUUUCUUUUCCCACAGGAGAUGUUUUGUAUGAAUUGCUCCAAUAUAUUAAGACCAAGAGGCGAGCCCUUAUUUCUAGCCCUUUCUUUAACUCUGCCCUUCGGGAUGCAGAACACGCACAGACCCAGAGCGCUCCAGAAGGUGAGUGCUAUGGAGUUGUGGAUUCAUCUUGGUCAAUUACCCUUGGAGUCUCACAUGCUAGCAGGCAGAAUCUAGACCUUAAAGGUGGGAGGGGGCAAGGCUUAGAGAACCUGAUCAGCAAAGUGAAGAUUCAAGUACAACCCCUGAUAGCUCCAGUUAAAAAGGUCUCAGCCAGUGGGACACAGCACGAAAGGAAAAAGAGAUGGGGAGGAAGGAGGAAAACCAGAAAACUUAAACACCAGUUCUUAAGAGUUCAAAAGCUUAGUUCUCUAACCACAGGACUGAUAGCCUGGUGCAACGAUGCCAGGAUAUUGGAUCCAAAUAAAAUAAACUGCUUCCUUCAGUUUUCUUUUCUUCUGAGAUAAUCUUUGGGAUUCUUCCCAUAGGUGCCAAAGUCCAUGCUAGAUGCAUAGUGCUAGGAAAGAACUUUAGCCAGUUAGUCUGUCAUAGUUGCUUUGGGUCCUGGGCUUACUUCUUGUUAUAAGUUCAUUUCAUAGUAUUCAAGUGACUGGGAAUAUACUGAAUGAAGCCCUGAUCUCCUCACAGGUGUGAGAUGUAAGUUAGAUGGUCUCUCAGCUGAUGGCCAUUCACACCCGACAGAAAGGUUGAUCAUCCCUACAAGUCUUCCAAGCCAUACAGACACGACUAGAUCUCAAGCCAAGAUCUUCUACAGCCCUGGCUCCAUCAGUCUCUCUGAUCAUAAUUUGGGGAUCAAUUACAGGGGAGAUAUUAUUUGCUCGUUUCCUGGGACACCAGCUCCAGUCAGUGGUAAAAUUGCUGGUAAGCAUGAAUUUUCUGUGAUCCUUAGCUCCAUUGUCAUAAAUCAGAUUAUAUUUGUAAUUUCUGUGGCACCUUUUCUACAAACUCAAAGCGUUUUAUUUGAUUUUUUUUUUAAAAUUGUAGACUGUGUUUCAAACAAAAUGUUUCCCAAAGAGGUUUACAAAAAUAUACGCAAAUAAAACACAAGACAAUUCCGAAAUAUGGGGAGUAGGCAGCGCUUUCAAUGGGAAAUAUGGGAGGGGUGUGUGGCUAGGCGGCACUUUCAAGGAAGAAUAGGCUGGUGGAAGGGAAGGCUUCAUCCUCUUCCCUUGCCCUGUUUUCAAGCUCACUGUGAAUAUCUCCUCAGGGCCAGGCUCUCAAACUGGAAGACUAAGCAAAGGGAAACACAGCCAGGGGACAUUUUCAGAGGAUAAUUGGUGGGAGAGGUCAAGCACACAUCCUACCGGCUUGCUGUUUGUCUCCUAUAAAAGCUUUCUUUGCUCCUGGAUUACCUCAGCAAACACUGCUAUGGGAACCUGUGUUUUGCUGAGGUAACAUUUAGUUCCUUUCUUAGCUGCAGGCCACACAGGGGCAAAUGCUGAACUUUUCACCUACUGAGAGUAAGAGAGGUCUGCUAUCAGGCACAAAAUUGCAGCGUGGUAGCCCUGCUCUUCCUCACAUCAUUGGCCACUUAUUUGUGGUAGCUUGGAAAUGCACCCUCACCUAAAGGAUGAUACAGAAUUGCCCAGUAAAGAUGCUAAUUUAUGUCAUCCUAGCUGAUUGAACCACAACCCUUCUUUUUUCUGCUAUACUACAGACUGCAGGUUACUUUGGGAUUACGUCUACCAGCUCCUCUGUGACAGCCGAUACGAAGCAUUUAUAAAAUGGGAAGAUAAAGAGGCCAAGAUAUUUCGUGUUGUUGACCCCAAUGGACUAGCCAGGCUCUGGGGUAAUCACAAGGUACCCAGUAAGCUUCUCAUGUGGAAUUACGUAGAUGCAGAUUUUAUUUUUAAAAAAGUUGUUUGGGCCGUCCCUAAUUCUGGUGAAGCAACUGAACAGAAGGGAUACUUGCAGAUUUAAAAACCUAACUAAUAAAAAUAAUGUAUAGUAUAAAUGUUAUUAUUGAAGCUGCCUUUAGGGUGUAUUGUUUGAGCAGGCAUAUGGGGAUAUCAGAUCUGCUGGUUGGUAAGAGCUCCUAGCUGACAGAGCCAUACCCAAGUAAGUACCCCUAGAGUACUUACUCAUGUGGGGAUCCCUUGAUUUAGGUACAAUGAUUAGGCCAAUUUUUUUAUUGGUAAAGCUGGAAGAUUGUCUUAGAUUUAAAAAGUGGGUAAAUUUAUUUUACCCUGCCUUGGAGUUUCCACAUUGCCAUCAACAAGUACCGUAUUUUUUGCCUCCAAAAAUGAAGGGGAAAUGUGUGUGCGUCCUAUGGGGCGAAUGCAGGCUUUUGCUGAAGCCUGGAGAGCGAGAGGUGUCGGUGCGCACCGACCCCUCUCGCUCUCCAGGCUUCAGGAAGCUAUCCGCAAGCCUUGCGAGCUGCAGCCCGAAGCACGGGGCGCACUCCGGAGUGCGCCCCAUGCUUCGCGCAGAUGUCCGCAAGCCUUGCGAGCAACAGCCUGUUCUGGGGGCUGGGGUCGGGGGAAGCUCGGGCUUCCCCUGCCCCCCGCCCCGCAAGCAAGCUCUGGGAGCGAUGGCGAGGUUGUGCAACCUCGCCAUCGCUCCCGGACCCGUUCUGGGGGCUGGGGUCGGGGGGGAGCUCAGGCUUCCCCGCAAGCUCCGGGAGCGAUGGCGAGGUUGAGCGCAACCUCGCCUUCGCUCCUGGACCCCCAGCCCCGAGGCUAAAAACAAAGCCAGGACAGCUAGCGGGAUCCAUCCCGCUCGCUGUCAUGGCUUCUUUGCUCUUUGGGGCUUGGGGAGGGAAUAAUUUUUUCCCCUUUAUUCCCCCCCCCCCAAAUAAGUGCGUCCUAUGGGAAGGUGCGCCCUAUAGGACGAAAAAUACGGUAUUCUUCUUGAAAUAAAGUCCACUGUCUAAAGAUCUCAGCAGGUGUCCUGUUCAAGCAGUAAACAUGGUUUACCAGGUUAUUUUAUUCUAAAUUCUUAUCUACAAUCUAAGAGGGAUUGGAAGAGGGGGCUUGGUGGCAGAGCACUAAAAUUCUAAGUGCAAUCUGUUUUAACUCUUGCUAAAAGGUUGCAGGAAUGGGAAAGAGCUGCUCCUGAUACAAUGAUGAGCCACAGCCAAUUGGAAUAGACAUCACUGGGCUAAAUGUACUACUGAUGUACACUAAGGCAGCUGUUUGUUUUAAAAAAUCUUAUUAACUCACACUUUCAAAUGAAGUUGCUCAAACCAUUCGUCGCUCAACUCUAUUUAAAACAGCAUCUGUUGCAAUUUAUUACGUUUGGAAUUGAGUGUUCAAGCAUCUAGUCCAGUGACCACUGAACUACGAUUCUGCAGGAAGAUCCUAUGGUGCUUUUUAGCUAACCUAGCUUAAACCAUUCCUAUUGCGGCCAAAGGAAAUCAACUGUCAGUUGAACAAAACCCAUAAUCUUUUGAAUUUACAGAAUCGCAGGAACAUGACGUAUGAGAAAAUGUCAAGAGCUUUGAGACAUUACUAUAAACUCAACAUCAUCAAAAAGGAACCUGGGCAGAAACUCUUAUUCCGGUAAGAAAAUAAGAGCUCAACCUGUAAAGUGAGCUCACUGGGGAGUUACUGUGAGAGAACUGCACAUUAGCAGGAUAGGUAUUGUUUGCUGCAUAGGAAGUGCUCUGCUCUCUAGUGGAGCAGGAUGAUGGGGGCAACUUGGUUGUGUCCCACCUGCAUCGGAGAGUUGUUGUGCACCACAGUGCAGAUCUACUCAGCUAAAAGGUAUGAAAUCUUUUGAAGAUUUGUUUUGCUCAGUUAUGGGACUUUUCCUUGGUGGCAAGGAACUCUGAGACAGCAGGGUUUGAGCCAAGGACCUUCACCCAAAAGAUGAGAUCCUUAGUCAGCAGGGAAUCUUGUAUGUGAUGCUGAGAUGCAGACCAAGUUGCAUGUGACUUCAAGCAAGCAUGCUUACUCUGGCCAUUUUUAUUUUACAGAAAAAUCAGCUAUGGGGCCCAGACCUACAGCGUGCUUCCAAUCCAAACUGGGGACCCAUACCAAUUUUGUGCAGUUUUCAGAAGACUGCUGUUGUUGGUCCUUAAACUGGACUGGAAGCAUGUUCUGGAUCUGGUCCCUCACCACUGAUUUUUCUACAAAAUGGCUAAGUUAAUCUCGUUUCCUGGGACACUUUAAUGUGUUGUUUUGCCCAAUGACUGGGGUUGGAAGUGGGCUUGAGAAACAAAUGGGAAUAUGGAUUAGCUCAAAGUGUGCAUGUUUGUUUCUUUAAAAUUCCAGAUUCCUGAAAACUCCUGGAGAGAGAAAACCUGACAAGUCUAGCGAAUUUGAGCAGCUGGACAAUGAAGAGCAGGAAGGAGAGGACUGGAAAGAAGAUGUGCUGGAAAUCUCACCAUAGCACAUUUGCCAAGCCACAGAAGCACUUAGAGGCUGCGUUGUGCAACGGAAAAGCUUUAAAUGACUGGACAAUGUGAAAUAAUGUUUCGGGGCUUGUGUAUUCUGUUGCUUCCUACAGCUCAUAUUAAUCCACUGGACCUCUGCUGCCAUCAGCUUUUAAUCUGCUGCUGAACUGUAAGCAAACUCUGUCAGCAUUUCUGUUUGAAAAUGGCAGUGCUCAGAAUCACAUAUCUAUAGCCACUGCCCAUCUUGUUGCUGGGUGAUUUGUAAGCCACUCUUUCACAGACCAGCGUCUUAAGAUCUAUAGAUCCAUAACCCUAUAAUUCUGUUAUUUUUUUGAUUUUGUGUUUGUGUGUGAACGCUCUCUCUACAUUUUAUAAAAGUGUAGUGGUGUGGCCCAUCUAGUACAGCAUCUCAGAUGCUCAAGGGAAGCCCAAAACAGGACCUGAGUGCAACAGCGUUCUCUCCACUUCCGAAUCUCUGCAACUAGAACAAGAUAACUUGCUUGGCCAAUAUACAAACACUACAUAAGCUGAUUGGGACAAUUAGACUUUAAAUAUUUUCACAUAUUUGGUUAAACCAUUUGAGUAGCAACAAUCGCCCUCUCUAAAGUGGAAUAUCCUGAAACUUGCAAAACCAGCUCCCCAGACUUUCUAGAGUGUCUACUCCAUGGGUAGGCAAACUAAGGCCCGGGGGCUGGAUCCGGCCCAAUCACCUUCUAAAUCCGGCCCUUAGAUGUUUUCAAUGUAGACCAGGGGCCGGUCCACUUUCCCUCAGACCUUGUGGGGGGCCGCACUAUAUUUUGAAAAAGAUAAAUAAAAAAUGAACGAAUUCCUAUGCCCCACAAAUAACCCAGAGGUGCAUUUUAAAUAAAAGGACACAUUCUACUCAUGUAAAAACAUGCUGAUUCCUGGACUAUCCGCGGGCCGGAUUUAGAAGGUGAUUGGGCCGGAUCCAGCCCCUGGGCCUUAGUUUGCCUACCCAUGGAGUAGACAGUGCCAGCUGAAUCACAGAAUUGUAAGUUGGUACCUAGAGGGUCAUCUAGUCCAACCCCCUGCAAUGCAGGAAUCCUGCCCACAGCUGUCCCUAGAUGGGCUCGAUUCACCAACCUUCUGGUUAAUAGCCAGACACACUGAUCCACUGCACCACCUGAGGGUGCAAAGACUUUGAAGCCAAUUUAAUAAUGACCCUGACAACUGCUAAUGUAGAUUGAAAUCCAGAUAAUGGUGACUUUGACAAUAUAUUAUUUCACAAAUUGUUUUCUUUUUUAGCUUUGACACUGUUUUCUAAUUUUCUGUUUGCUUUUUUACAAAUGGGGAGUGGAGUCCAAGAGAUAAAAUAAAGGUACUCUUUUAGCAUAAGCACAACUUUCCUCCCAGCUGCACAAAUAUAGAACACCAUCCUUCCAUUACUGUGCUGUGGUAGGAAGAAUCAAGUCAGUCUUCCAGAAACAUUAAUAGCAAACUCUGAGCCUUUUGCUUGCAAUUCUUCUUCUGUGAAGAGCUUUCUUUUUGAAAGAAAGAACGAGACAAAGAAAAAACUGCUUUUCUCUUAUCACUAUCAAAUAUUUAAUUUCCAAACUAGGUGGUUUUCAGUUCACCGUUGCUGAUAAUAACUAUACUGAACUCUGAUCUGGCUUAGGUUGCAUGCUACUAUUCCUGCAAAACAAUUAGUGGCCCUGGAUGAGAAUCCACAUUCAUGGCUGCAUCGAAAGAUGCAUGCAGCCAGUUCAGUAAGGUCUAGAUGAGCUCUGCAGUGUGGAUGCAGAUGCUCAUCUUAAGCAGUGAUGGCAUUAGUUAAUUUUAGGCUCUGGACCAAUUGGUCAUGCAGCCCCUCCUCCUCUCGGAUGGCAGUGUAUAUUGCUUCAUUUUCUUCAAAUUCUGGUAAGGCACCCUCCCUUGGGUUGCCUUUGGGUGGCUUUCCUGCUCAUUCUGCCCAGCUGGGUCCUGAACAUACACCCCAAAGGAACUGAUCUGAAUGUACGUUACUUUCAUGCAUGUAAUCUUGCUUCUCUGAUUUAUUCAGGUGAAGGGAGUGGCACCCCAAACUGCAGGGCAAGCCACACUGGGGGGACAGGGACCCAAAGUCUAUGCAAAGUUCUAGGGAGCAGUAGGAUCCUGAUAAGGCUAACUACUCCAUGCUGGUUUUGUGGCGGUGACUGUACCCUUGUUAGUUACAUUAGUGGCUUGUGUCCAGUGCAAAAUAAAUGAAAUGAAAUGUGAGACAGUGGUUGGGGCAACCCAGUCAGAUGGGCAGUGUACAAAUAAUAAGUUAUUAUUAUUGCUGGGGAAGAAGGGAGCCCAGAAACAGCUGCUGAUUUCUUAUGAUGUUGCUGCCCUGUGUAUGACUUUAGGAAGAUGCCACAGAUCCAGUGCUACUACUCUUCUAAUGCUUGUUUUGGGGUUAAUACCUCAGACCGCAGAACCUCACAUGCUGCAGCAGGAUCUCUGCAUACCUAUUAAGCAGAAUUGCAUGGUAUGUUAAAUGGAGGGUGGAGGAGAAUGUGGGAAUGAAGCUUAAAAGGGAACCAGAAUCUGGAUGGAUUUGAAAAGUGCAGGGCUGGGUUUAGGGAUGAAAGCUCAUUUUGCAUUUGAAUUCUAGUGAUUCUUAUCUGAAUUAAAUACAGCCUUGCUCUGUUGCAGCAGAAAGAAGAUUGUUGCACUGAUACCUAAUGAGGAUAUGGACUUUGUUUUUCAAAAUAGAUGGCACUAUAUAAAAUAAAACGAACAGGAAGCAUGAAUCAAAAGGAUUUGUUGAGUUUGUGAAUAACACAUUUUAGGCAUGC